CAUUACCCAGAGGAUUUGAUCAGAUAAGCACCUUCAAUUUACCGGAAAAUUAAUAUUCCGGCGUAUCAUCAUCGGAGAAUUGUUUUUCUUUGAGAGCUUAAAUUAAUGGCGACCCAAGGCAAGCAAUUCCCACCGCAGAGACAAGAGAGGCAGCCAGGCAAAGAGUAUGUGAUGGACCCAACCCCUCAAGCUAUCAGCCAUGAAUACAGACCUGCUAAUAAGCUCCACGGGAGAGUAGCACUAGUGACUGGGGGAGACUCAGGGAUCGGAAGGGCAGUGUGCUACUGCUACGCACUAGAAGGGGCGACGGUAUGCUUUACGUACGUGAAAGGUCAGGAGGACAAGGAUGCUAUGGACACCCUUCACAUAAUCGAACAAGCCAAGACCAGCGACGCCAGGGCCCCCCUCGCCAUCCCUGCCGAUCUGGGCUACGACGAACACUGCAAACGAGUGGUCGAGGAAGUGGUCAAUACUUAUGGCAGGAUCGACAUCCUAGUCAACAAUGCAGCCGAGCAGUAUAAGGCAAGGUCUAUGGAGGAGAUAGACGAGGAGCGGAUAGAGAGGGUGUUCAGGACAAACAUCUUCGCUCAAUUCUUCACAGUGAGGCAGGCUUUGAAGUAUAUGAAGGAAGGAAGCUCUAUAAUCUGUUCUACUUCAGUGGUUGCGUACAAGGGUAGUCCUAAGUUGAUUGAUUACGCAGCCACAAAAGGUGCAAUUGUGGCGUUCGUGAGGAGUUUGGCUUUGCAUUUGGUGGAUAGGGGCAUCCGUGUUAAUGGUGUGGCACCAGGGCCUAUAUGGACGCCUCUGAUUCCGGCUUCGUUUAGUCCGGAAGAGUGUGCCAACUUUGGGUCAGAGGUGCCUAUGAACAGGGCAGGGCAGGCUCACGAGGUGGCACCAGCCUAUGUGUUCCUUGCUUGUCCGGCAGAUUCCUCCUACAUCACCGGCCAGGUGAUGCACGUUAAUGGAGGGGUCAUUGCGAACUCUUAGAUAUAUAGAUAUGGUCGAGUACUGUUGGGGUUUUCACCUUCCAAGAGGAGAGGAUGAACUACUAGGAUGUGUAUAUGGGUUUGUGGUGUCUGGUCUGUAGUUAUGUGAAAUAAGAACCUUUGGUCUGUUAA